AUGGUCAGUGUGGAUCCGUUGGCUACAGAACGAUGGAGAAGCGUUCGAAGGCUAACCGAUCGUGACACAGCUUACAAGGUUCCAUGGUUCAAUCCGGGACCGAAAAAUUUUGAAGCCGUUCAAAAUGUGAAGGUUCUAGUGAUCGGAGCAGGUGGACUUGGAUGCGAGCUGCUGAAAAAUUUGGCUCUCAGUGGAUUCCGUUCAAUUGAUGUUAUCGAUAUGGAUACGAUUGAUGUGUCUAACCUAAAUAGACAAUUCUUGUUUAGAGAAGCAGACGUUGGAAAGUCGAAAGCUGAAGUUGCGGCAGCCUUCGUAGAACAAAGAGUCAGUGGAUGUCAUGUAACUGCACACAACUGCCGCAUCGAAGAUAAAGAUCCAGAUUUCUACAGAAGGUUCUCGAUGGUUAUCUGUGGUUUGGAUUCGAUUCCUGCUAGACGAUGGAUCAAUGGGAUGCUGUGUGAUUUAGUUCUGGAGCAUGCUGAUGGAACCCCGGAUAUGAGUACUAUCAUUCCGAUGAUUGACGGGGGAACUGAAGGAUUCAAAGGAAACGCCCGUGUAAUAUAUCCCAAGAUGUCAGCUUGUAUAGACUGCACCAUCGAUUUGUACCCACCACAAGUCAAUUUCCCACUUUGCACUAUUGCUCACACACCUCGCCUUCCGGAACAUUGUGUCGAAUACAUCAAAGUGGUAGUUUGGCCAGAACAGAAACCAUUCGAAGGUGCCGCUCUUGACGCAGAUGAUCCGGAACAUGUCGAAUGGGUUCUUCAAGGAGCAUUGCUUCGUGCGGAAAAGUACAAUAUUCGAGGAGUUGAUCGUCGUCUUACUUCUGGAGUUCUCAAAAGAAUCAUUCCUGCUGUAGCAUCAACAAAUGCUGUUAUUGCUGCUUCGUGCGCACUUGAGGCGCUCAAACUGGCAACCAACAUCGCCAAACCAAUCGACAACUAUCUCAACUUUACUCAAAUCCACGGCGCAUACACCAGUGUUGUUUCUAUGAGUAAAGAUGAGAGUUGCCAUGUUUGUAAUGGUGGACGUCUUCCGAUUGAAGUUUCCUCGACCUACACGCUGGAAGAAUUGAUCAAUAGUCUAAUGGAAAGAUACCAUCUCAAAAAUCCAACACUCGAAACUGCGCAAAGAAAACUCUUCUGCAUCAGUCUUCUGUUUCCGCAAUUGGAAGAGGAGAGCAAAGCAAAUCUGCAUUUAUUCUUGAAAGAUAUCGUUGCUGACGGUGAUGAAAUUCUGGUUUCCGACGAAGUUUUGGCUCGUGCAAUCACUUUACGUAUUAAUUUCGUCUAA